GCCCGGAGCGCGGCAACCACAAACAUGACCGACUAUGAAGCCGCAACCGCUUUCCUCGGGGAAUGGGGACGUUUUCAGCAGCAGGUGUUUCUCCUGCUCUGCCUGAGCACCAUCCCCAAUGGUUACACCGGCAUGUCUAUCGUGUUCCUCGCCGACACACCACCUCACCGGUGCGUCGUACCGGCGCACAUCAACCUCACCGCCGAGUGGAGGAACAGCAGCAUCCCGCUGGAGGAGGACAAUAACAGCGGCGCUUUGGUGCCCAGCAAGUGCUCCAGAUAUAAACUUGAUGAUAUACAGAGUUUCUCGGAGAGAGGCAUGCUGCCAGGUGUUGAUGUUAAUCUGUCUAAUGUGCCAAAAGAAAGCUGCUUGGACGGGUGGGAGUAUGACCGAAGCGUCUACAUUUCUACCAUUGUGUCUGAGUGGGACCUUGUCUGUGAUGACAGGUGGAAGAACCCACUGACUUCCUCCGUCUUCUUCUUUGGUGUUCUCACUGGCUCCUUUACCUCUGGACAGCUGUCUGACAGGUAUGGGAGGAAAAUAGUGUUGUUUGUUACCAUGGCAGUCCAAACAGUGGCAACACUGAUCCAGGUCUUUUCUCCUUCCUGGCCCAUGUUCUGCGCUGUGUUCUUCAUUGUGGGGAUGGGACAUAUCUCCAACUAUGUGACUGCAUUUGUGUUAGGAACUGAGCUAUUAGGCCCACGUGUGCGGAUAAUUUACUCCACUGCAGGUGUGAGUCUGUUCUUUGCUUUGGGCUACAUGUUGUUGCCGCUGCUUGCUUUCUUCAUCAGAGACUGGCGGAUGCUUCUCCUAGGCCUUACCCUGCCUGGUUUCCUCUAUGUGCCUCUCUGGUGGUACGUACCAGAGUCUCCUCGGUGGCUGCUCUCUCAUGGAAGAGUAGAAGAGGCUGAGGCCAUACUGAAAGAUGCUGCGAAGAAGAACAAAAUUGAGCCUCCACAGGUCAUCUUUGCUCCUUUGCAGAAAGAACUUCAAUUUGACAGGAAGAAGGCCCACAACAUCUGUGACCUGCUGCGUUCAAGUAACAUUCGCUGGAUCUCUGUCACGCUGUGGCUGGUCUGGAACAUCUUGACGAUCGGCUACUUUGCUCUUUCCUUGAACACGUCAAACCUGUAUGGUAGCGCAUACUUCAACUGUUUCCUGUCGGCUUUGGUAGAGAUGCCAGCUUACACUUUGUCCUGGCUACUGUUUCGCUGGUGUUCCAGGCGACUGACUCUCUUCGCCACUCUCUUCAUGGGAGGAUUGUUUCUACUCCUCAUUCAGCUCAUACCAGCAAACCUGAUUCCUCUUGCCACAACACUUGAGAUGUUGGGGAAGUUUGCAGUGACGACAGCUUUCGCUAUUGUGUACGCCUACUCAGCAGAACUCUACCCAACUGUACUGAGGAAUACAGCUGUGGGUGCCUGCUCCAUGGCCUCCAGAAUAGGCAGCAUCAUUGCCCCAUACUUCAUUUACUUAAGAAGCUAUUCCAUUUCACUGCCUUACAUCCUCAUGGGAAGUCUUACAGUUGCGUCGGGGUUGCUGAGUCUCCUGCUGCCCGAAAGCCAUGGAAUGCCUCUGCCUGACACCAUCACUCACAUGCAGCCAUUCCCUGGAUGUCAUAAGAAGAAACCUUAUAGACUCACCGACGCUACAGAAGAAGAAAAUGCUACGGAAAGGAAGUCUUCGGAUGUCCUUUGA